AUGCUGCUUCUCCUGGUUGGCUGUCUCUUGCCUGCCAUCAAUGGGAAGAGCUGCCUCCACUGCUGGCCACAACUGCCUGCAUUGAUAGACUAUGACCUGCAGAUUCUUUGGGGCUCCCCAGGGCCACCCAGAGAGCUCUCCCAAAAUCAUGACCAUAUGGAGGAAGCAACAGCCAAAUUAUUCAAUCACGUAGAUAAAGCCAUCAAGAAGUUUCGAGAUGAUAAACCAUCGCUUCUGGAAGAGAUUAAUGUCCAGAAACAGGUGUUUACUGACAGGCUGAAUCAGAUGUCUGAGAAGCUGAAGGAGAAGGACAUACACUCCACACUGGAGGUCAUCAAUUGUGCCAACUGCAAGACACACCUUCUUACCUGCAAAGACCCAACUCUCUGCCCAGCCAGGACCUGGAGUACCUUCCCGUGGGUUGUGAGCCUUGGCAUUAUUCUGCUUCUGGCCGCCAUAGCUGGAAGUGGAUGGUACAUUUUCUGCCACAAGAAGAGGAGGAGGGAAGCAGAAAAUGAGCUGGGAAUGGAGACCCCUGACAGAAUGUAG